CGGCCUUCCCCCGCCGGAUCCCGCGCGCGGCCCUGGACGCGACUGGAGGCGGCAGAAACACGCUUGGAAUUGCAGAAUGGUGGUAGCAGUGUCCCCCCUAGAACGCGGAUUGUUCUCUGGGGAAGAACUAUAAAAUCAGUCGUUAAAAGCAUGCUGAUCCCGUUUUCAAUGAAGAACUGCUUCCAGUUACUUUGUAACCUCAAGGUCCCAACAUCUGGCUUUAAAAACCAAGUAAAAAGUGGGUUCAUUUUACAAUCAAUUUCCAAUGAUGUUUAUCAAAAUCUGGCUGUAGAAGACUGGAUCCAUGACCAUAUGAAUCUAGAAGGCAAGCCAGUUCUUUUCUUGUGGAGAAAUUCUCCCUCUGUUGUAAUAGGUCGGCAUCAGAAUCCUUGGCAGGAAUGCAACCUGAAUCUUAUGAGAGAAGAAGGUAUAAAACUAGCUCGGAGAAGAAGUGGAGGGGGAGCUGUCUACCAUGAUAUGGGUAAUAUCAAUUUGACUUUUUUUACAACCAAAAAAAAGUAUGAUAGAAUGCAGAAUCUAAAAUUAGUUGUGAGGGCUCUGAAUGCUGUCCAACCCCAGCUGGAUGUACAGGCCACCAAAAGAUGUGACAUUUUACUUGACGGGCAAUUUAAAAUCUCAGGAACAGCUUCCAAGAUUGGCCGGACUACUGCUUAUCACCACUGCACUUUAUUAUGUAGUACCAAUAGGACUUUCUUGUCAUCUUCGCUGAAAAGCCCUUACCAAGGAAUCAGGAGCAAUGCCACUACUAGCAUACCUUCCAUAGUAAAAAAUCUUUUGGAAAAAGAUCCCACUCUGACCUGUGAAGUACUCAUGAAUGCUGUUGCUGCAGAAUAUGCUGCUUAUCAUCAAAUUGAUAAUCAUAUUAACCUAAUAAACCCAACAGAUGAGACCCUGUUUCCUGGAAUAAAUAACAAAGCCAAAGAACUACAAACCUGGGAGUGGAUAUAUGGCAAAACUCCAAAGUUUAGUAUAAACACUUCAUUUAAUGUAUUAGAUGAACAGUCACAUUUGGAAAUUAAAAUAUUCAUAGACAUAAAGAAUGGAAGGAUUGAAACCUGUAAUAUUGAAGCACCUGAUCAUUGGUUGCCACUGGAAAUAUGUGACAAAUUAAAUUCAAGUUUUAUUGGCAGUAAGUUUUGCCCAAUUGAAACUACUAUGCUCACAAAUCUGUUACUUAGAACAUGUCCAGGAGAUAAUGAACUACACAGUAAAUGGAAUAUCCUCUGUGAAAAAAUUAAGGGAAUAAUGUGAUUUCAAAUAAAUUUCUUAAUAUUAACAAA